AUGUCGGACAUCAACGAUGAGAAAGAACUAAGCGUUAACGUCGGAGAUUCUUCACAGCAGCCGCAACAGAAAGAACGCCGCAAGAUCGAAAUCAAGUUUAUCCAGGACAAAACUAGACGACACAUAACGUUUUCGAAGCGCAAGCACGGAAUCAUGAAAAAGGCUUACGAAUUGUCGGUGCUGACGGGCACCCAAGUGCUUCUGCUGGUGGUUUCCGAGACCGGGCUCGUUUACACGUUCACAACUCCCAAAUUCCAGCCUAUUGUCACACAGCCAGAAGGUAAAAAUCUAAUUCAGGCCUGUUUAAAUGCUCCAGAAGACGAAGAUGAAGUUGAAGAGGAAGAGGACGACGCAGAGGAAGAAGAAGAAGAGGAAAACGGCCACACAGAGACUGCCAAGCUGCAGCGGGCCCGCGUGGUAGCACCGGGAUCGCAGCAAACACAACAAUCGCAGCAGAACCAGCAACAGGCGCAACAACACAUGCAGCAACAAAACCAGCAGCAACAGGCCCCAUUGAUUUCGUCUCAACUGCCUCCUCAAAUGGCCCAUCAACAAAUUCCGCAUCAACUCGCACAACAGCACCAGCAACCGCCGCAGCAACAGCCUCAGGUGUCCGCUUUCGGGAACCCAGCAGCCUAUCUAAACGCAGAGCAAGCUGCAGUAUAUCACCAAUACUUCAAUGGCGUCAAUUCACAGCAGGGGCAGUAUUGA